AUGGCACCCCCGGUCCGACCAUCUCGUUCACUUGAAGGACUUGAGCGAGUAAUCCCACCACUCUCACCCCUGUCACCCCAAAAUCCCUUCUCAACACGCUCCGAUCUCUUUCUCAACAAACCGCUCCCCGCAAAGCCCCUCCCCGAAGAACCAGAAUGUUCGGCUAUGUGGAGUGACUCCAGCGACAGCGAUACCGAAAGUACCCUCGAUAGCUUCACUGGAAGUGAACCCCGCCAUUCAGCAGAUAGCUAUCCCAUCUUCGUUAAUUCUGGCUCCGACUUCGACGACUUAGCCGAUCACCCUGCUCCAUCGGCCGAUCAACUUCUGAGAAUAUCCCCGCAACCUCCACAUAAACGCACGGACUCGAUAGAUAUCAAUAUCCCGCCAUCGAUUGUUGAGCCCUCGGUAUCAGUUUCCUCUUCAUUUUCUGAGACACAGUACGGGCGCCCGUCGCAUUGGACCCCAAAUCGCACAGGUACAAAUCACUAUUUCCGCGAGAAAAAGUGGGAUUAUUUCCCCGAAUUGGCGCCUUCCGCUCUACAGGCCAGUGGCCGCAUCAGCCCAAAUAUGGUUACACCGAACAAUAAAACCCGCAAAAUAGGAAACCCACUGGAGUUCGCCAAGGGCAAGUACCGCUGGCAUUCGCUCGACCGCGGUGGUCUCGGCGGAGUGCGCGACUCAAUCAAGACUUACGUCCACCGUACUCUCUCACGAGACUCGACCGCAGAUAAUAAGUCCAAGGAAAUUCCCCGCCCGGCGACAGCUCCCAUGGACCACCUCAAUGAUGCAGGAGGUACACUCAGCAGCACUGCGCCGACGCCACAGUUCUCCUCCUUGGCCUUGGACACCAAUGUCGCUGUCCGAGUUACAUCCGUGGCUACAUCCUCGAGUAGCGAGUAUGACUAUACCAACCACAAAUUCUAUCUUCAAACACCAAUCUCACCAACGUCGCCUACGUCGCUCUCAACCCCCACAACGCCCCGGCCGAAACAACUAGCGGUUCCCCUAUCCGCAUACCAGAAACACGGCCCUGUGGCCUGGGAAUCGCCCAAAUCCAAGAAGCGGAACGUUCAGUUCCCGAGAUAUAAGUCUUCGCCCGGCUCGGCUGCAGAGCUGUCUUCAUCUUCGGCCCCCAACUUAUCUUAUGCAAAGGCCAGCCCUUCUUUGUCUUCGCGGAAGCAGUCCCAGCAUAAUACCCGAGGGGUGUUCCUGGGUGCGAAGAAGAAGAUUACAGAGUCAAAAGAUGAUCGCAGAAGAGAGCGGUUAAAAGCUCAGAUCAAGUUGGUUGGGCCCGUCAACCCACAUACUUAUGUGCAGGCUGAUCCAUGGGUUUGA